CUUAGUAAUCAAGAAUAAACAAACCGAAGCCUAAAAGGCCUUCUCUGUUACCUCUGUGAUUAGAUUUUUUAGGCUACGGAGCCAGUUUAAAAACAAGGAAAGUUCGUAGUGCGGCGUAGUCUUCAAGCGUCACUUGCUGUAUAAGACCCCCGACAUCGCAUCCUGAUAAGCAUUGAAGAAAGAAUUUCGUUGCACGACUACUUUGGCCAACAACAAUAUUCAUUUAGUAGGUGGCAUUAGAAGCCAUGGAGAUUGGGAUUGGAGGACGGCGUAUGGUGAUCCAGCUGAAUUGGAGCCGUCCGAAACUGCAAGACCAAUUGCUUAAAAGCGCCUUGACAUUGACGAAAAUCGACGCUGAUGCCGGACAAAAUGUCACGCCGACUCAUUCAUUGGCUGUCUGUUUGCUUCAACACGGGCUGAACCGUUACAGCGACUUGCGUAGGCUGGGCGAGGCAUGGCGUAGCACAAAAUCUUGUGGGAUCAACUGCGACGAAGGUGAUUGGAUCCGAUUCUGCCAACAUUUGGAUAAAAAAAACCAGGAAGCUGAACUUGAGCUGAAGAAUGAAAAAAUAACUAAGAAAGCUUCAGAAGAAGUAACACCUCGAUCAUCAACUGUUAAUUUACAGCGAAUCAUAAAAGGGGUAGUUGAUACCCUCGACCAAUUCCAAUGGUUGGGAUUGUUAAACACGUCAAGUCCGUUCCGGGUCGGUUGCAUUGUCGGAGAAGAAAAUGUAAUUGAUAUAAGACCGAAAAUCUACGAUUCAGCCGAGUCUAUUUGCAGGCAUCAGUACGUAUGGUACGAUAGCGAUUCACAAACGUUUCACGGUAUCGCCAAAUGGAUGGACACAUUUCAAGAUCGACAGGCGUACCGUGUCGCUCUGUCUUGUCAAGUGGCUCAAAAUCUCAAAGACUUUUGUUGCUGUUUGCUGAAAAAAGGCAAUCCAGGUGAUGAUGAACUGGAAAUGCGAUCCAUGGCCUAUCUGAAAGAGCUGAACCAACAGCUGGACCGUAACAUCGAGGAUCACUUAGCGAUGGUAGAUCGAUGGGAUGAGGCCAGCGAGGAGAGCAGUAAGCUUAAGAUCCUACUACACGAACUUCUCGAUCCGAGUUUCGACGAGCACAGAUUCGAAAUCAACUUGGAACUGAGACAAGAAUUCAUCGAGAGCUUAGAAAAAGCUUACGGUGAGGUGCAGAUUCUUCGACAAGAGGCCUAUGAGAAGGCUCGACUUCAAGCCAUUCAGAAUAGGGAAGAGGAUGAACGCAAGGAACGGCAGUUCAAGUUGGAAAUUGAAACCGCUACCGUUGAAAUCCAACGACUCGAACAGGAAAUUGAAGUGGACGAACGAUCGGCUCAACAGCAGUUCGGAGAUCGGACGGAGCAGAUUUAG